ACGCUCGAAGGUUUGCUUUUGAAGAAAAUCUAUAUCAACCUUUUAAUCAAAUAUCUGAUAAUACCAAAAAAAUCUUCGUGCCUCUUAAGCUCUCGUUAUAUUUCAUGAUGCACAUAAAGAUGCUUAGUGUUUCAGAAAUUGAACAACUAAACGUUGAAGAAAAAGAAUAUACGAAGCGUGCACUCGCAAACGGUAUUAAAGAGAAGAUGACAAUUAUUUCUAAGCACGCCGGUGAAUCCUGGAGAAAGGAAAAGCCGAAAAUUAAGAAGGCAUUCGCAAAAGUUUCGAAACGUAUUGACGAACUUUUACAGAGAAGGAAGCAAAGUGAGAAAGCUUACCAAAUCAUAUAUGAUCCUAACAUGGACAAAGUUCAACAGAUUCCACAAGAAUCUGUGGAUAUUAAUAAUCAACACGAUCUUUUAAUACAAACUACUCCCAUGUUAUACUGUCCUUUGUCACAACAUCAUGAAUAUAGUUACUCAUUGAAUGUGGAAGAUAUUGCAUUUCUUUAUUG